AUGGCUUCGAAUCUCUCUACCCGAGCGGUCAGGUCCGCCUGUAUCGCGUCAAAGGCUGCUCCCCGCUCCCUAGCAGCGUCUGUUCCUCGUCGUUCCUUCGCCAGCAACGCCGAUACCGCGGAGCCCCCGACUCCCCAAACCCAACAACCCCGAUGGUCGUACACUCCGCCACAGGCAAAGGCGCCAUUCAGUCUGCACAUGCACUCGGGACGUCCCGCAUUCCAUAAUAACUCCGACCCAGCAGUUCUUGACCAGUUCUAUAUGCGUAUGCUGGGUAAUGGCGGCGAGGAAUUCCUCUCGGAGGAAACCAAGUGGUUGGCUGUGACACACAAGAGUUUCGACCAAGGGCGUCGCGGAUUUAAUGACCGAUUGGCUUUUCUUGGAAAACGUAUCGUACAAUUGCAGGCAUCGCUUGCUCUUGCCCAGAACCCAACAGCCUCCAGCACUUCCGCAAAGGAAGAUGCCUUUGGCCGCGCUCCGUUCUCGCACCCUGCAUUGGAUGCUCUGCGCAACCUCUCUCCCAAAACCAAGAAUUCACUUACCGACCGGUCCAAACUGGCCGAGUUGGCGCAAAAAUAUAAUCUGCAGAAAGUGAUCCGAUGGGAACCCCGAAACCCAAACAACCUUCUUGCAUCUGGACUUGACCUCGUACUGACCCACACCAUGUAUGCUAUCAUCGGUGCGAUUUCUUUGGAGAAGGGAGGACACAUUGCCAACAAGGUGGCUCAGGAGCGGAUACUCGAACCCUUGGGCAUCAAGACGGUCUCAUAA